GUAAAGGAAAUGUGUAGAAGAGAGAUGGAUCGUCAAGAAAAAGAAAUCCAAAGGAAUUCAACUAUUGUGGGAGAAUACAAACAAAUAUGUUCACAGUUGAGUAAACGAUUGGAGAAACAACAAACAUCCUAUAAAGCUGAAAUAAAUGAUAUUAAAGAAAAGGUGACAUCCUGUGAGUCAUGUUCUUCCAUGUUUACUGUCAGUGGUGAUCUGCAGUUAGACAACUCAAAAAAAGUGACCAAAGAUGGUGAUCCAAGCCUGGCUGAUGCCGAACAGAAGCUACGUGAACUAGAAUUGGAACUGGCACAGACUAAAUUGCAACUUGUUGAAUCUGAAUGCAGGACUCAAGACUUGGAACAUGAUUUAGCCGCUGUAAUGAAUGAGUUACAAGCAUCAAAAAAUAAUUGGUUUGCCAAAACAUUUACACAGUUGAAAGAAGUCACUUCCAAAAAAGAAAGUUAA